AGGAUGCAGACUCACCCCUUGAACAGAACAUUUCAGUAGGUGUGUCAAAGGCCAGCGCACCCAAAGCAGCUCUGUCUUCCUGGAAGAGCCAUCCCUGUGAGACGUGUGGUCCGGUCUUGAGAGACAUUUUCCGCUUGGCUGAGCACCAGGGAAAACCAAGCAGCAAGAAACUGUUGAGGUGUGGGGCAUGUGCAAAACGAUUUUAUUUCAGCGUAAACUUCCAGCAGCUGCCAGAGCAGCACAUGGGAGAGAAACCAGUCAGUAGUGUGGACACGGCUUCUUUUGUGGAGGGAUAUGGAUUCUAUGAUUCAGGAAAGCCCCUCACCUGUACUGAGGUUCAGAAGGAAUUCGUGCCUGGCUCUGGGCAUCUACAGCAAGACGCCACUCAUACUGAAGAGAAGCCAAACACAAUCAGCCAGUGCAGGGCAACUUUACAGAGCCGUAAAGGUCAUUACACUUGGGGAGAUUGCAAGACAGCCUUUGGUCCCAAGCAUGCACAUGUUCAGGAUCAGGGUGUCCAACCUGGCAGACCGUGUUUUGUGUGCAGUGAAUGUGGGAAAACAUUCAGGUACAAAUCUUUAUUUGCUAUCCACCAGAGAUUCCAUACUGCAGAAAGACAUCAUGAGUUUGGCAAAGGUGGAAAAUCCAUUAGGCAGAGGUCUAUCCUUAGUCAACAUGGAAGGACUCACACUGGGUCCAGGCAGUACACGUGCAUCAAAUGUGGGAAAUCCUUAAGCCACAAAUCUAUGCUCAUUCAUCCCCAGACAGGGCACAGUGGAGAAAAUGAUUAUGUUUGCAGUGCAUGUGCAAAAUCUUUUAGCCAUAGUUCAAUUUUAAUUACUCAGAGGUUUCAACCUAGAGAGAGGCCUUAUCAGUGUGGUGACUGUGCAAAAUGUUUUACCUCUCUCUCUGUUCUCAGAUAUCAUCAGAGAUCUCACAGGGGUGAAAGGCCUUAUCAGUGUGGUGAAUGUGCGAAGUGUUUUAUCUCUCUCUCUGUUCUCAGAUAUCAUCAGAGAUCUCACAGGGGUGAAAGACCUUAUCAGUGUAGGGAAUGUGGGAAGUCUUAUAUCUCUAGUACUGGCCUCCGUUAUCACCGCAGAGUUCACACUGGAGACAGGCCUUAUAAAUGUCAUGAAUGUGACAAAUCUUUUUUCUCUAGAUCUGACCUCCAUUAUCAUCACAGAGUUCACACUGCAGAAAAGCCUUAUCAGUGCAAUGAAUGUGGCAAGUCCUUUUUCCAAAGAAACAUCCUCAAUGCACACAUAAAGAUUCACUCAAGUGAAAGGCCUUAUAAGUGUAAUGAAUGUGGGAAAUCUUUUAAGUGUAAGGCAACAUUCAUUAAACACCAGAGAGUUCACACAGGAGAAAGACCUUAUGAAUGCAGUGAAUGUGGAAAAUCUUUUAGUACAAGUUCUGUCCUUCGUUCUCAUCAGAGAAUUCACACUGGAGAAAGGCCUUAUGAAUGUAGAGUGUGUGGGAAAUCUUUUACCACUAGUUUUGUCCUCCAUAACCACCAGAGGGUUCACACUGGAGAGAGGCCUUAUGAAUGCAGUGAAUGUGGCAAAUCUUUUACUGCUAGUUCUGCACUCCAUUAUCACCAGAGAGUUCACACUGGAGAGAAGCCUUAUGAGUGCAGUGAAUGUGGCAAAUCUUUUACCACUAGUUCUGCCCUCCAGUGUCAUCAGAGAGUUCACACUGGAGAAAGGCCUUAUGAGUGCAGUGAAUGUGGCAAAUCUUUUACCACCAGUUCUGUCCUUCAUGAACACCGGAGAGUUCACACUGGAGAAAGGCCUUACGAGUGCAGUAAAUGUGGGAAAUCUUUUACUGCUACUUCUGCCCUUCGUUAUCACCAGAGAGUUCACACUACAGAGAGGCCUUAUGAGUGCAGUGAAUGUGGCAAAUCUUUUUUCUCUGUCUCUGACCUCCAGUGUCACCAGAGAGUUCACACUGGGGAAAGGCCUUAUAAAUGUGGUGAAUGUGGCAAGUCCUUUCUCCGAAGAAAUAGCCUCAAUGUACAUAUAAAAGUUCACUCAGGUGAAAGGCCUUAUAAAUGUAAUGAAUGUGGAAAAUCUUUGAACUAUAAGUCGACAUUCAUUCAACACCUGAGAAUUCACACAGGAGAAAAGCCUUAUCUCUGCAAUGAAUGUGGAAUGUCUUUCAGUCAUAGUCGUGCCCUCCGGAUUCAUCGUCACUGUCACCUUGAAAGAAGUCCUUAUGAGUGUAGUCAGUGUGGGAAGUCUUUUACUUCUAAUUCUUCCUUCCUUUCACACCAGAGAAUUCACACUGGAGAAAAGCCUUAUGAGUGCAGUGAAU